AUGGAGGCCGCUGCGGAGAAGGAUGCUCAGACCCAGCUCGCGGCCACGCCUGAGCUGUCCGCGGCACUGUUUGGUACAGCUGGUGUCUCGUUCCAUGUGGCUGCAUGGUUGAAAAAGAUCUUUGGCGAACAUCCCAUUCCACGAUACGAAGUGAACCCACGGACGACAGAAAUUUUGUAUCACCUUUCAGAACGCAACAGGGUUCGGGACAGAGAUAUCUGUUUGGUGAUAGAGGACUUGAAACAGAAAGCAAGUGAAUAUGAAUCAGAAGCCAAGCAUCUGCAAGAUUUUCUCAUGGAGAGUGUGAACUUUUCCCCUGCCAAUCUGUCUAACACUGGUUCCAGAUAUCUGAACGCUUUUGUUGACAGUGCACUGACCCUGGAAACGAAGAAUACUUCACUGGCAAGCCUCAUGCCUGCAGUGAAUGACUUGACUUCCGAUCUUUUUCGUACCAAAUCCAACAGUGAAGAAAUCAAGCUCGAGUUGGGAAAACUUGAAAAAAAUCUGACUGCAGCAUUAGUAUUAGAAAAAUGUCUACGAGAAGAUCUCAAGAAAGCAGAGCUGCAUCUGUCUGCUGAAAAGGCCAAAGCUGACAACCGUCUUCAGAACAAGGACUUCCUAAAAGCAAAGUCAGAGGAGUUCCGAUUCGGAAUCAAAGCUGUGGAGGAGCAGCUCUCAGCUAGAGGCAUGGAUGCUUCUCUUUCUCAUCAGUCACUAGUGGCCCUCUCAGAGAAACUGGCAGAGCUAAAACAACAGACAAUACCUCUGAAGAAAAAAUUGGAAUCUUACUUAGAUUUAAUGCCUAAUCCAUCUCUUGCUCAAGUGAAAAUUGAAGAAGCAAAGAGAGAAUUGGAUGCCAUUGAUGCUGAACUUACCAAGAAAGUAAACAUGAUGGAACUGUGACUAGAACCAAAGCACACCCUGUUCCCUAACAGAAAACUGAGUAGGACUUUAAAUAUUUUUUGUUUUGUUUCAUUUUGAGGCAGUGUCUCACUGUAGUCCACACUGACAUGGA